AUGCUCCAGAGGCUCUCCGUCAAUCGUAACAACUGUGGCGCCGGUACCGGUCCCAACUCCUGUCAACACGACCUUGAAGUGCGGAGAAUACUAUCUUGUGGAGCCUGGGAGGAUUGUAGGAUCGUGAUCACGCGAUUCGAGAUCCCACUGGAUGAUUUCCUGUUUCUGAACCCUCAGGUCUGGGAGAACUGCACAAAUCUCAUGCGGGACUACUGCUACUGUGUGCGGCCUGUGGGUUAUAUCACGACCUAUCCUGGAUACGGCGGGUCGACCACAACAGAGCCAUUUGAGCAGACCCCCUCGACCCCGCUCCCCAAGGACCCAGUCGCCAACUAUCCUUCUUCCUGGCUGAUCAUUCCCAUUGCUAAUCGGACGAGACAAGACUGUCAUUCUGCCAGCCGCGAGGAAUUUGUCCUCUGGAAUCUCUCGCUUGGCGACAACUCCACGAGCGUGGGACCGCCCGUAAUCAGCACCGUGGACGGGACAACAAUAACGUCGACAAGCGACCCGUACGCGUACCCCUACACUUUGGCCGCAAACACCUCUUAUUGCGUGGCCCUCGCACCACCGCCACAAACCGUAACGGCGACGGCAACGCCCAUCGAAACGCCGGCCCUGCGUGCAAGCGGCGAAGUCGCCAACUGCACCCUGUGGUACGCACCGGCAGACCAGGACGACACCUGUAUAAAUAUUCUGAACACCUUUGGGAUCACAUUCGAGCAGUUCUACGCCAUGAACCCGUCGGUUCACAACGACUGCAGUGGCCUCGUUCUGGGAACCCACUACUGUAUCUCGACGUACCCGGAUGGCGUGCCUGGUGGACAGCCGGACUGGAUGGGGCCCCCUGUGACCGUACCUCCAAGCACCCCAACCACGACAACGACAACAACAUCAUCAGGUAUCUCCACCCCGUCACCGGUACAGACAGGCAUUAUCAGUACCUGUAAUGAGUUUUACCGCGUAAUAUCUGGCGAUACCUGCUACGACAUCGCCCUGGAGAACGACGUUCCGCUGUCAGACUUUUACACCUGGAACCCGGCGGUCAAGUCCGACUGCUCGGGUCUCCAGGCCGAUGUAUAUGUCUGCAUGGGCGUGCAGCCCCCUAGUAGCACCACAACAACAGGCACGACUUCAACGUCCGGCAUAUCGACUCCUUCUCCCGUCCAGUCCGGGAUGACCACGGCAUGCAAUGACUUCUACUUCGUAGUCGCAGGCGAUGGGUGCUACGAUAUAGGCCAGGACAGCGCCUUACCCUUGUCAAGCUUCUACGACUGGAAUCCAGUCGUCAAGACAGAUUGCUCUGGCCUCCAGGCCAACGUCUAUGUAUGUGUUGGGAUCCAUGGCGGUAACCCUACUGCUACUACUACUACCGCCACUACUACAACAAGAACCAUGACAACCAUAACAACAGGGAUUUCCACUCCGACUCCAACACAGCCGGGCAUGGUUAGGAACUGCCGACAAUUCUACCUUGUGCAGUCCGGGGACGGGUGUUGGGAUCUGGCGAAUCAACACGGCAUCUCACUGGCGGAUUUCUAUGCGUGGAAUCCCGCUGUCAAGAGCGAUUGUUCAGGGCUGCAAGCGAAUGUUUACGUAUGUGUUGGACUUGAUUAG